AUGUUCGCCACCAUCGGCAUGCUUUGGCCUGACAUCUUCGGCAAGUUCGACGGCUACCUGAGCCCCUCGCAGAACCUGAAGUUCGCCGACGUGCCCAGCGGCCUCGCCGCCAUCAGCAAGGUGCCAUUGGAGGGUUGGCUGCAAGUGCUCUUGGUCGCUGGGCUCAUUGAGACUCAGCUCUUCAAGGACCAGUCCUUCGGAGGCUUCGCCUACGCCAAGUACGGCGAGCCCGGCAACUUCGGCACCGGCUACUGGGGACGCAAGAUCGCGGACCCCGCGGAGCGGCGUCUGAAGCUCACCACCGAGCUGAACAAUGGGCGCUUGGCCAUGGUGGCCAUGACAGCCAUGUUGAUUCAGAACGGCUUGACUGGGCAGUCGCCGGUGGAGCAGCUCACCUCGGGACACAUUUCUCCCUUCAAUGAUGGCCAGGGCUUCUUUGCCCAGUUCGAUGCCAGCAAGGAGUUGGGUGCUUGCCCUCCCUUGGGCUACUGGGAUCCUUUUGGCAUGAUGGCCUUCCAGGAUGAGGAGAAGUUCCGCCGCAACCGGGAGCUGGAGCUCAAGCACGGGCGCAUUUGCAUGGUCGCCACAAUCGGCAUGAUCGUGCCCGACCUCUUUGGCCGCUUCGGAGGCGAUCUGUCUCCCUCCCUGGGUCUGAAGUUCAGCGACAUCCCCUGCACCAUCGAGGCGAUCUACAAGGUCCCGGUGGCUGGGUGGCUCCAGGUCUUCGCCUUGGCGGGUGCCAUUGAAGCCAAGAAUUUGGCCUUCCCCACGAACUACGGCUAUCCUCCCUUUUGGGGUCAGAUCGACAAGCUCGAGCCGGAGGAGAAACAGAAGAAGCUGUUGGCCGAGAUCAACAACGGGCGCUUGGCCAUGGUGGCGAUGGCCGCCAUUGUGGCACAGAACGGAGCCACUGGUCAGUCCUUGGUGGAGCAAUUCACCACAGGCAACUUGAACCCUUUCAUCGGCGGCUAUGCUCAGAAGGAGCACACCUUCGCAAGGGUUCCAAAGCUUUCACACAGGCGUGCUCAGUCCGACUUCUUCUUCAGCGGGUCCUUUGGGCGUCGACCGGACCGUCUCGGCUGGUUCCAGGCGGUCCAGGCUCUCCCAGGGCUGCACGGCCAGGGGCUGGCCAUGGGCCACUUCACCCAACCCGUGGAAGCACCGACCGACCCCGCCAACCGUCGCCGCGGCCGUGCGAUCCUCAGGAAGGCGGGUGGAAACAGUGAGGCGAUCCCUUGGGAGAAGGUCCCGGAAGGCCUCUCCAACGACCUCUUCGGCCCUUAUGUGGGCGACGUGGGCUUCGACCCUGCCGGCUUCGCCGCUCGAAGGUGCCGCAUCCCCAGGUACCGUGAGGCUGAGCUGGCACACGGGCGCGUGUGCAUGUUGGCAACUCUGGGCUACACCGUGCAGACCUCCGGCGCCAAGAUCGAGCCCUUCAUCACACGCUAUCCGACCGACUCCUCGGACCCUCUGAAGGCCGCCACCCAGGUGCCGAUCGUCGGAUGGCUGCAGAUCCUCGUGGUGAUCGCCCUCUCGGAGCUCUGGCGCUACGAGAACGUCAUCAGCAAAUACGACGCCGGCCCCCCUGCGGCGGCUCCAGGCUGGAACGUCACGGCGCCCAUGGGCUCCAAGCGUCCCAAGUGGUUCGGGCCUACCUUCUCUGCCAACUACUCCACGGAGGAGACGAAAAGACUGCCAUAA